AUGGACGACAAAGGCCCUAAGUGGCGUCUCGAGCAAGCUAAUAGUGGUCAAGCGAUCUGCAACCAGGCAGCCUGCAAGCGCAACAAGGUCAAGAUCGUGAAAGGAGAACUACGUAUUGGUACUCAUACGCUGUACGACGAUGGAGAAUCGACUAGGUGGUACAUGGCCUGGCGCCACUGGGGCUGCGCUACCAAGCACCAGAUCGCAGGUUUGAAGGAAAUCACCGGAGACGACCCAACAAAGGCACCAGGCUAUGAUCGACUCAGCCCGGAGAGUCAAGAACAGGUCCGGCUAGCUUUCGAAGAAGGCAAACCUGUCGACAAAGACUUCAAGGGCAUACGUGAAGACCUAGCCAAGGACGCUCGGAAAUACGCUAAAGAGUACACGGAUGUGAGCUUCUACAAGAUCGAUGUCGCUCGCCGAGUGUGCGCUUGCCGUGGCGGCAACUGUCUCGACAAGAAUGUGAAGAUCACGAAGGGUGAACUCAGGCUAGGCCUGUCCAUUCCGUUCGACGGGGAGCAUGAAACCAUGGUCUACAAGCACUGGAUAUGCAUGUCCACCUACGACCUAGAACAAGUGUUGAUCCGGGCGGGCGAAGACUCAAUCGACGGCGUUGGUUCUCUUCCGGUAGACUUCGAGGAAGUUGUGACCAAGACUUUUGAGACGCGUAAGAUCGUUGAACCGCCAGAGCGUAGAAUCGAGUCACCCAAGAAGCCAAAGAAGGUGAAAGCCAAGAAGCCUGUUGCGAAGAAAGAGAAGGAGGAAGAGGAUGCUGAGGCUUUUGAAGCUACGGCAAAGGCCGAGGAAUCAGCACAGGAACUGGAUAUGAAGCCAGAAGAUGUCGCUUCUCUGCCACUCCCUGCAAAGAAUGUGCCAGGCAUGAGAUACCAGGUUGAGGAGAUGGUUGUUUCACCGAAGGUUGCAUCUGCUACUGUCAAGAUGGAAGAAGCAGAAGGAGAUGGCUUAGUCAAGACGGAAGAUACUACAGCUCCAGUUGCUGAGCCUAAAGCUAAGAAAUCGCGAGCGAAGAAGCGUUCUAUAAAAGAGGUCGAUGCUAGCAGCGAGGAAGAGCCUGAGUACAUCCCCAAGAAGUCAAGGAGCCGAUCCAUUCCAUUCAAGGGAGCAGUUGGUCUCGUGUAA